UUUGGUGUACCCUGAUGCGGGCAAGGAAUUCAUAGUUGACACAGACGCAAGUGAUAUAGGACUUGGCGGUGUGUUGUCUCAACGGAAUGGUGAUCAAGAGAUUGUGAUAGCGUACUUCAGCAAGUCAUUGUCAAAGCCGGAAAGGAACUAUUGUGUCACAAAACGGGAAUUGUUGCUGUGGUAAAGUCCUUGCAGCAUUUUAGCAAAUAUCUCCUGGGGCGGAAAUUCUACUUACGAACUGACCAUGCUGCACUGAAAUCGCUAUUGCAGUUCAAAAAUCGGGAAGGACAAGUUGCGAGAUGGAUUGAACUACUACAGGAAUACGACUUUGUGAUCGAACAUCGCAGCGGGAAAUCUCAUGGCAAUGCAGAUGCAUUGUCAAGAAGACCUUGCCCUGAAGAUUGCAAGCAUUGUACUAGGCAAGAGGGUAAGGAAGUGGUAUCUGUGAGGAUGCUCAGGACAGACCAACAAUGAUUGGAAGGACAGCCUACAACAUGCACAGCAGGAAGAUUCGGACAUUAAGCCGAUUCUGGAAUGGAUGAAGGCCAGUGCUCCUAAGCCCAAGUGGAGCGACGUCUUAGCAAUGAGUUCGACCACGAAAAGCUAUUGGGCCCAAUGGGACAGCUUGCUGAUUCAGGAUGGAGACCUGUGCCGUAAAUGGGAAAAUGGUCGGGGACACAGGUGUCAUUUGCAAAUGGUUGUCCCUAAGGCUAAAGUGCCGGAUGUUCUACAGCUGUACCAUAGUGGUUGUUCAGGAGGCCACCUGGGAGUUAAACGAACUCUCCUGAAGAUCGGAGAACGGUUUUACUGGAUCCACUGUCGUGAUGAUGUCGAGGACUGGUGCCGCAAAUGUACAAGUUGUGCGGCUGUAAAGGGACCUCAAAUUCGUAGUAGAGGCGCAUUGAAAUUGUACAAUGUUGGUGCACCAUGGGAGAGGAUAGCCAUUGACGUUGCGGGGCCGUUUCCAGAAACUGAAAGUAGUAACAAGUAUUUCAUGGUUGUGAUGGAUUACUUCACUAAGUGGCCAGAAGUCUUCGCCAUUCCAAAUCAAGAAGCUUCAACAGUUGCAGAUAAACUAGUUCAUGAAGUCUUCUGUCGUUUUGGAGUACCUUUAGAGAUUCACAGCGAUCAAGGAAGGAAUUUCGAGUUUCAAAUAUUCCAGGAAACUUGCAGAGUUAUGGGUACUCAUAAAACACGAACAACUUCUUACCACCCACAAUCUGAUGGAAUGGUAGAACGAUUUAAUCAGACAUUGGAAAGGUACCUGGCAAAAGUUGUGGAAAAACGCCAACGAGACUGGGACAGGCACAUACAACCGUUUUUGUUGUCAUAUCGAAGCGCUGUUCACGAAAGUACAUCAGUGACACCAGCUUUCGCAAACUUUGGGAGAGAAUUGCGGCUGCCUGCAGACCUGAUCACCGGAAUACCACCUGAUGCCCCACGCAGUAUAACCGAUUAUGCAAAUGACUUGCGGAACAAAAUGAAUGACAUUUAUGAGCACGUCAGACAAACGGGCCAGCAUACGUCUGAGAAGAUGAAAACACGGUAUGACCGCAAAAUGAACAACAAGGGGUUUGAUGAAGGUUCACUAGUGUGGUUACACAAUCCAGUUCGCAGCAAAGGGAAAUCUCCUAAGCUUCAAGCUAAAUGGGACGGACCGUACCGGAUUGUGACAAGGAUCAAUGACGUAACCUACCGGAUACAGAAAGGUGCCAGAGGUACUCCUAAGAUUGUCCAUGUGGAUCGACUGGCGCGUUAUUAUGGGGCCAAUAAUGCUUGGGACGAGCAUGUCUAAAGGCCGGCAACGCAUCUGCAAUUCCCCUGGUGUUGCGGUUGUUCAUGGGCGGCGGUAGUCACUUACCAUCAGGUGAGCCGCAUGCUCGUUUGCCCCCUCUCCUAUAAAAAAAAUGUCUUAGGAGGGGGCAGUGUUGCGCGCCACUAUUAAUGUCUUGUACAUGGCAACACUAGUUACACUAGCGCCCUCUAGUGUCAAGUAAAAGAAAGUGUUGCGCGCCACUAUUAAUGUCUUGUACAUGGAAACACUAGUUACACUAGCGCCAGCUUCCAGAAAUUUCGGGACCGAUAUGUACUCGAACAUUCUAGAUGUCGCUACAGUAGAAGAUUCUGGAAACUAUCUGAGGCCCUAUAUAAAGCCGGUAUAGACCACGACCGAGGCAGUAUUGAAUUGGCGAUACAAGAGAAUACUUCGAAGCGAAAUAACGGCGAACUGUGUUUUAUUAUUAGUGUGAUUUUAGAUUGUAAUUAGUGUUGUGUAAUUAAACUGUCAAUUUUGGUAAUUCAAUCGGCAGUUUUUAAUUGUCUCGAACCCCAAGCUCGUAACAAUAUUUCCAGUGUUCUGAAACCGUCAAAGAAAGUUGCAAAAGCGUGCGUAAAUGAGUAUUCUUACAAUAAGUUGAGCAUGGUUUUGACUUGGUUUCGGGCUUCACUAAUAGUGUACACAGUACUUAGUCUCUUUGUUUCUUGCUUUCAGACGUUUUGAAUAGUUGUGAUGAGAGUUGGAAUAAUGGAUAGGUUUAAAUAUAAUAAAACUGAUCAUUAUUUAUAUAAUAAAAUAAGCAAUAUGGAUAUAUUAAUUAUUUUAUUUUUAGUAAACUUCAGAAUAGCAGGAGUUAUUAUCCAUUUGUUAUUUUUAUCAAUCAAAGUAAAUCAGGAAUGUCUAGGACAGGUAAAUGAAAUUGUAUACUUGGGGAGUGCUUUUAGCCGGGAUGGAAGAUGUGAUUUAGAUGUGGACAGGCGUGUCGCUGCCGGGAACAAAGUCAAUGGUGCCCUGACUGCGUUAGUCAAACGCAAGGCGUAGCGAAGAGUGCACGCCUUGCAAUACAUAACGCAGUGCUGGUACCGACUUUGUUAUAUGGCAGCGAAACCUGGGUAUGCCAGAAGAAGCAUAAAAGUAAGUUGAAUGCAGUGGAGAUGCGAUCUCUUCGUAAAAUGUGCGGCGUUACUAUGGCCGACCGAAAGCGAAACGAAGAGAUUCGCAAUAUGGCAGGUUUGAAAGAUGACCUUAUCACAAAAAUUGAUAAGGGCGUGCUUCGGUGGUUUGGGCACGUUGAGCGAAUGAGUGAAGACCGAAUGGUGAAGAAAAUAUAUAGCGCGAAAGUUAAUAUUAAAAGGUGUCGAGGUAGACCGAGACUAACUUUCGAAGACCAUGUGAGCAAAUUGCUCGAAGAGGGUAGGGUCAAGAGUACUCGGGUACCUAGACGUGCAUGUAUGAAGAAGAUAAUGAAUCUGAAAGAAGCGAAAGAGAUAUGUAAGGAUCGUGACACUUGGCGAUCUGUUCUCUCUGGCUACCCCGUCAGGGAUUGUGCGUGAAGAUAAGUAAGUUAUUUUUAUGGCUAUUAUACCAUAAUAAAUGAUUCAAUAGUUACUUAGCUUUAAAGAAACGUUAUUCUCAAUAAAGACAUAUGUUAUGUGUACUCACCUGAGAACAAUAUUAACUAGAUAUACCCAUUCAAUAACAGAGUUUUAAAUGUAUUAAAAGAGUGUACAUUUCUUUUACUGGAGGGUAGUAAUAUUAAAAAUAUAUCAUUAUAUUAUGUUAAAUUACUUUAUUUUUUAAUUAUUAUUGUAUUUUUCACUAGAUGAUGGCAAAUUUAGUACUUGAAGAAGGUGCAUUAUUACAAAUCGAAAGUGUCUCCCUGCCAGUAGCAACAUUUUCAAAAUUCCAGCCACUCUCUGAAGAUUUCUUGGAUAUCACUAACCCCAAAGCAGUACUUGAAAACUGCCUCAGAAAUUUCUCUUGCUUGACAACAGGCGACGUGAUCGCCAUUAAGUAUAACUCAAAAGUCUAUGAAUUAUGCGUUCUAGAAACCAAACCGGGAAAUGCUGUGAUCAUUAUUGAAUGUGAUAUGAAUGUUGAGUUUGCUCCUCCUGUUGGUUAUAAAGAAGAAGAACGCAUUCCAAGAAGCGCCGAUGGCAACGCGGGACCAAGCAUGGACGAAGAUCCAGCUGUCAUGAUGCCAGAGCCCAGUGGCUUUAUAGCUUUUAGCGGUGAAGGCAACCGGCUUGAUGGCAAGAAAAAGAAACUUACCAGUGAAAGCGAGUCUGAAUCGCAGAACUCUCAAGCAAGACAAUCAUACGUCCGCGGGAUACCAGACUAUGAUUUUGUCAUCGGAACAUUAAGAUUUAUUAGAAACUCAAGGCCACCUAGCGCUAAAGAAGAAGCUCCUGCAGAACCAUUUCAAGCAUUUAAAGGAGAAGGGUUCACACUGCGUACUGCUAAGUCAAAGAAUUAAAUGAGAUUUAAUAUGUAAAAUAUACAUGUUUUUAAGUAAAAAAGAGUAUCCACACACGUCUUUGCUAAAAUUUUAUAAUCUUAGUUGUUUCUUAAAUUGAACAUAUUGAUAUAAUAAUUACAUACUAUGGUAGUGAUCAUUUAAUUAUUUUAUUAAUGUUAAUAUUGUUUGACAAUCACAAACACACAAUUGUAAAUGAUUAAAUGAUUGAUACAUU